AUGAGUCGAGUCGAGCGGGCGCUUGCGGCGGCCUCCGCUGACCGACUAGACUCGGAUCGUACGCGGGCCGUUUUCCCGCGCAGACGUCGCCUCCGCGCGUCGUGCAACAGUGACAUGGAUAUGACUGAGCAACGCGAGAGGGUUAACCGCGCAACUUUACAUUCACCACUCGCCUCCGCCGCCGCUAGGCACCGCCGCCUGCCUCGCGAUUGUACACCAUGCCGCCGCGCAACAACGGCCCUUGUUCCGUGCAAGCAUGCCGUGGGCAUCGUCGAACUUUCGAGUUCGCGGCAAUUUCGCCGCCUCCGCAAAGUUUCCGUCGAACUUAAUACACUCGCGUCA